AUGGAGGGGGAGGGGGCCCGCGGCUGCAGCGCCGCCGGCCACCAACCCUGCGCCGCGCCCGGCCCUCCCCCGCGCCCCUCACCUCACGGCCACCACCAUCUUCCCCGCCCGGCCGCCUCCUCCCUAGUUCUCCUCGCGCCUGCCCGCCGCCCACCGCAGCGCACUAGUUACCGUGCCCCGCGCCCCCUCCCGGGCCGGCUGGGGGGAGGGGUGUCUGGGCCUGCGGGCGUCGUGGGUGGCACUCAGAUCCCCUCACCUACCUCGGGGCGCUGUGCCGGCCCCGGCCUGCACUCGACUCCAGCACCCUACCGGUCUCGAGCCCUCACCCCGGCGGCACCUGGCCCCGCUGAGGCCUGUCCGACCGACCCGCCAGCCUCGCUCGGGCCCGCGUCAGUCCCGGCCUCCAUCUUAGGUUACAGCCCGGGCUCCCCAUCUACUGGGCACCUGCCCUCAGUCCGCUCGGCUCGGCCCGAGGCCAAGGCAACCCCCCUCCUGCUACGGGGCUCACCUGGGGGCUUGGGCUGGGGUCUUCGAGGCCUCAGGCCCCGAGCAGGCGCAGCCGCAGGUUUGGGCCUGGCACCCGGGCUCGGGCCGCGGGCGCAGGCGGGCGCGGGUAGGUGCGUGCGCGCUGGGCAGGCGACGCGGGCUGGGGGCCGGGAGGAGCCGCGCCUCGCACCGCGGACGCUGCAGUUCUCGGCGCCCAGGCAGAUGGCCCUCUCGUGCCACCGCCGCCCCACGCAGGCCGCCGGCUCCGCAGCCCGGCUCCCUGGGGAGCGCGCGCCUCGCCCUUGCGGGCCCAGUGUAGAGACCCGGCCGGAACUGCGCCGGGAGGGCGGACCGCCGGGCUGGCCCAGCCAAAGGCUGCCUAGCGCGGCCAAGGCGCGUCCAAUCCGCAAAGACAGCGAAUGGGCUGAUCGGGAAAUCCAAGCCCGUCCUGACCUCGAGACUCCAGUCCCUUAG